UGUUGAUAUCCUGUCAAUCUCUGUGGGGGAGAGGUCAGUGUGGCUAGCAUAGCAGGCUGCGCCGCAGAACCGUCCAGGAAGUCAACAAAGUUGCAAAUUAACAUCAGUUUCACUUUGGCUUUUUUCGACUGGAAAGUUGGAAUAACGGUAUGAGUUCUGCUGCCUCUUCGACUAUUGGGGAGUUAUUCCUCAUCCUCAGUGAGAUGGGUUUCUCUGAAGAACAGAUCCAGGCAGCUGUGCAGGCGGGACAUUUCUCUGUGCCAGAGGCAGCUGAGUGGCUCUUACAGGGUCAGUAUCCACGGCACAGGUUGGUCAAGCAGUCAUCACAGCCAGCUGAAACAGCAUUUUCUGCUUUCAACCCACCCAAAGAAGCAGCAAACACUUCAAAGUCAAAUACAUCCCCCACUGGACGUAGAGCGUGCCCUUCAUUGCUGAGACCGUCACAAUCAUGCAACCUGUCCGCAGAACCACUACCUGUUGAGUCACGCAUCAAACAAGACAAAAGUGACUUCGAAGAGCAAGAAAGACAACGUGUUGCUCAGGAAGCCAGAGCAGAGAGAAGACAGAAAAAACAGGAGCGAGAAUUGGUAUUGAAGCGGAUAGCUGAGGAUCGUAGGAGCUUGCAGGAGAAGAUCCAGACCAGUGGCGUCACAGAGACAUCUCAACCCAGUGGUCAGGGGCAGAAGCUUGGAGGAAACAUUCAGAUUAAUGUUGAUAACAACUGCAUCCUUAUGAUUCGGCUUCCAUCUGGUGAGUCAAUCCGUGAACGGUUCCCAGCUGAUGCCCCCCUGCGCAGUGUUGUGGAGCACAUCUCCGAACGUCACCGCUCCCUUCAUUCCUUUUCCCUCCUUCAGGGUUUCCCUCGGAAACGUUUUGGGGAAGCAGAACUUGCAUGUUCGCUGGAAUCUCUUGGUCUUACUCCCAAUGCUGCACUAUGUAUUCAGACCACCCCUCCAGAAACACCUCAGGAUCCACUGAGUCCUGCAGAUCCUAGAUUAGGAGGACAGAAUGACCCAUCUCCGUGUGCUGUGCCUCCUCAGCCUUGUAUCCCUGUCCUUGAAGGAGCUGGAGGCCAAGACCUUGCUCUACCCCCUCCACUUCCCAACCAGCUGUGGGAAGAAGCAGUGAAUUAUGCGGGGAUCCCUGGAGUUGGUCCUUUACUGUCUGGACCAUCGCACUUCUGGGGGCGAGGCCAGAAGUUGGCUGCUAAUAAUGGUGAGGAAGCUGCUGGCAUAGAGGUUGAAGAGGAACAAGAAGGAGAUGAAGAACCACCUAACAUGCCUGACGGUACUGCUCCCUUUGUCGGAGGAAUGCCAAGGCUUCCUUUCUUUCCAGAGAACAGGAUUCGAGGAGGAUUUGAGCCCAGGCAUCACUGGCCAGAACAAGGCAAUCGUCUCAGGGAGGCUCCAGCAGAGUACCAUGCAGAUCCUGAGGAUGCAGGAGGUCGGGUGGCACCUGUAGCUGCAGGUCUGGCUGCAGUGGAGCGUCUUCAACGAGCUGCACAGCAAGAAGACCCUUCUUCCUCCCAGGGACAGCCAUCACCACCUAAAAGACCCUUCAGGACACCUAGUGUACCAUCUUUAUGUGCCUUGGCAACCCGCGCAACUGUGCACCUCAUGACUGCUCCCAGUAUGCAGUACAGCAGCAGUCUGGCAUGCCUGACCCCAGAGCUAGCAGAGCUUUUGCUCAACCAUAUGUCCCGUGAAAGACUCCUUCGUCCACGCACCCUGGAGCUCUUCUUCGGCUGCCCAUUGCAGAAGUUUGUUCUUAACUGCUAUCCUUACUCCACCAAUGAGCUCCUGCGGCAGUUAAGGGCCUUUACAGCUCUCAAGCAUCUGAGUCUUAUCAACUCACCUCUUAUCACUGACUCUGGUCUAUCAAUCCUUUCCAGCCUGGUCAAACUCCAGUACCUCAACCUCGCUUCAUGCACCAAACUGACUGACUCCUGUCUGCAGCAUAUCAAAGGUUUGAAGAGUCUGUGUUUCCUGUCGCUGGACCAGACCAAAGUGACUGAUGCAGGGAUGGUGCUAUAUCUCCAUUCAGCUCCGUCCUGCCUCUCUCAACUCAGCCUGAACCAGACGGCAGUGACAGAAGCUACACUGGUAGUCCUUCCUACCUGUGUACCACAGCUACGACUUCUAAGCAUCAAGCAGACAAAGGUUGAGGAUGUCUCAGGUCUAGCAGAGCUCUCUUGCCUUCAGACCCUCAACCUGGAUGGGACAGGUGUAACGGAGGUGUCACUGAAGUUCCUUGCCACCCACCCUGCCCUGUUUUCCCUCAGUUUGGCGGGAAUUCCUGUUGCUGAUGGCAAUCACACCCUGCAGAUCAUCUCCGGUCUAAAGUUGACUCACCUCACCCUCCCUGGGCGCCAUUCUGUGAAAGACAGUGGUUUGGCAUACCUAUCUGAUCUGUCCCUGCUCUCAGAGCUGGACCUGACAGACUAUACACAAGUCACAGACGAGGGAGUCAAACAUCUCUCCACCAUGAUAAGGUUGAAAAGACUGUCACUCAGCAACACUCAGGUGACAGAUGCAGGGCUUCCCUCUCUGCGCGGCCUGCAGGAGCUGCAGGAGCUGUGUUUAGACCGAACAGGGGUCACUAGCCGAGGAGUGGCUGAACUCAUCGUCUGUCUCCCACACCUUCAGGUAUUGGGUUUAGCCAGCACUCAGGUGGGAGACACAGUAGUGAGGAGAGGUGUGAUCCGUUGCAAUCAGCUUGUUAAGCUAAAUCUCAGCCGCACACGCAUCACAGACAACGGUCUCAAGUUUCUGAAACGCAUGCACCUGACUCAAGUGAACUUGGACGGCACCGGUGUGAGUCUGAUUGGUAUUGCAAACCUCCUUUCUUUCACCAACAUCAGCAGCAUUCGGGCCAGCAACACUCGCGCCAUUCCCCCUGAUGAGGUUUCAGAGGAGGAGUGGGAAGCCCAGUGAGCAUCACUGCCUUCCUACUGUCGUAGCAUAUUGUACCUGAGCGCACCUGACUGCUGCUACCAUCCUUUAGCUCUGCUGCCUCCAGAAUCGCUUGGAAACAGCAUGACCAAAACACUCCUCCAGCUUGCACUGUUUCAACUGCAGCUAGUACCAUUAAUCUGUCAAUCAUGCACGCUACAUUGAAACCUUAAAUUGGGAGCCUUGUGUUUAACAAUUAGGCCAUUAAUAUAACAUUUACAUGCUCUACAUAGAAUCCAUCUAUAUUUACUUGCAUACACUGCAGCCCUUACUCUCUUGAUAAGACCACCCACCCGACAAACUUUAUAGCUUUAUGUGCAGCCACAUUUGUUAGAGAUAAGAGUUUCGAUUGGUUUGCACUCAAACAGAACUGGCAGAAAUAUACUUUUAAAUGUAAUGUAUAACAGUAUGUAUUUUCUGACUAAUGAUCAAUAGAUUGCUGAGACUAGUUAUAAAUCGUAACAUAACAAAUUUGGUUUUAAUGAGUUUGAAUCGUUGUCAUAUUGGACUUACCAGAAUGAAUUGCCAGCAGGGAAAACAAAUAUCCACCUGAUGUUGAUAACAAUUAAUUCUUCCUGUGUUUGCUUGAUUAUGUUGGUACAUGCAGCAAACCCACUGGUGUCAGCUGUUCAAACCUAUAUUGACGUUUGAGUUACAAAACGUUACCAGCUAAAGAACGUUUGUCUACUGAUAAAUCUUCACGUUCAGUUAAUGAGUUCUGCUGAAAAAAGGCAUGUCUGAUACAUUUAAGUCAGUGGCUUUACAUUCACCUCCCUCAUGAACGCCCAUUGUCACAUUUCUAUACCAGUUUUAGCUGAAAACAGGAAAAAGAUUAUAAUUUUAUAACUUUUGGAAUCACACCUAUAAGGCAAGGCUGUGGAUGUUAGGUGAAUUCCUUGGAGAUGGUUGCAUCCUAGAGAUGCAUUGGCCUCCAAUUGUUUUUUAUUAAUGUUAAGUUUGCCAAGAAAUGCCAAUUUUUUGGGCAGCUGAGCAAAUUUCUGUUACCUGGAUUGGGUGAGAAAAUAAAACUGGCUGUAUUAUGAAAGAAUCUAUGCAGCCAUGGGCUUACAUCACUUAUCACUUCAAGUUUGUCUUAUAUAGAGAUUUGAGUUUAUUUUCCCUAAAAGCCUUUGAUUAGCCCUGUAUUAACAAAGUUUAAAAUGAAUAAAAAUUCUCAACCUAA